AUGGAAAUCUCUUCGAUUAAACGGGCUGCAAUAUGGGCAUUCGCUGGACUUGGCAUCGCGCUGGCGAUAAUCUCCUGCUGCGAGAUGGCGGACAACUAUCUCGUCCUCUCCCACCCUGACGCCUGCAUCGCGUCGUCCAACGGAACCCACUGCGCGGCAGAGUUCCGCGUGGCGCGGCGAUCCCUAGGCGUUCAACGCUGGUUCAUUCGUUCUUUCUCCCUUCUCCCCUCUCCCCCGCAACCCGCUUCCUUCCCGCAGUACACUGCUAAGAAAGCGGGCAGCACGCUUGGCGCUCUCGUUUCAAUCACCAACGCCGCCGCGAAAGCCGUUGCUACCAGCGGGGACGAUGAGGUGGCUGUGCGUGGACGCAGCAUGGCCGUUCAAUCAAGCAGCCCGAAUUGGCUUGAGCCGGGCUUGUACGAGCAACUGCAGGAGCUUCAAACGAGGCUGAAUGCCGAAGUUGCCGUUGCGGAGGGAGGAGAUUUGGAGGGUGGUUCUAUCUUGAGGAGGCAGCUCCGCCACCGCCAUAACAAGAAGAAGAAUAAGAAGAGCAGCGGCAGCAGCAAGAGCAGCAGCAGCAAGUCCCCAAGCAAGAGCAGCAGCAGCAGCAAGAAGAGCGGCAGCAAGAAGAGCGGCGGCAAGAAGAGCGGCAGCAAGAAGGGCAGCAAGAAGAGCGGCAAGAAGAGCGGCAAGAAGGGCAAGAAGAGCGGCAAGAAGAGCGGCAAGAAGGGCAAGAAGAGCGGCAAGAAGAGCGGCAAGAAGAGCGGCAGCAAGAGCGGCAGCAAGAGCGGCAAGAAGAGCGGCAGCAAGAAGAGCGGUAGCAAGAGCGGCAGCAACAGCGGCAUCAAGAAGAGUAGCAAGAAGACCGGCAAGAGCAGCAGCAACAAAAGCAGCAAGAGCGGCAGCAAGAAGAGCGGCAAGAAGAGCGGCAGCAAGAGCAGCAGCAAGAAGGCGUCACCGUCCUCCGGCGCAAUGGUUGCCGGCCCGUCCCUUGCGGCCAGCGCGACCGUCGGGAAGGGAUACAAGUCUAUCCAGGAUGCCGUUGAUGCCGCUCCUGGCGGUUCGCGAUUCGUGAUCUACAUUCCCGCGGGAACGUACAAGGAGCAGGUGUUGAUUGAUACGACUGAUAUCGUUCUGAUUGGUGCAGGCGCGGAUAAGACGAUUAUUACGGGCGACGCGAGUUACGGCAGCGGGUCCGGGACCUACGAGUCGGCUACAGUUGGGGUGGAUAGCGACAGGUUCGUGGCUUUCGGCAUAAAAUUCGUCAACACGGCAGGCCCGGAGAAUCACCAAGCAGUUGCGUUUCGCGCCACUGGUGACCAAUCAGCUCUUUUCAACUGCGCGUUCGAGGGAUCGCAAGAUACAUUGUAUGUGGACGCGGGACGGCAGUACUACAAAAAUUGCUACAUCGGCGGCACGCAGGACUUCAUUUUCGGCGACGCGGCUGUGGUCAUCGAUGCUCCGAAGAUUCAGCUUCACCCAAGCCCCUCUUUUGGAACUCUUACGGCGUCGGGGCGCAGCAAGGAUACGCCAACUGGGAUUGUGAUUCGCGAUGCGAAUGUUGCGGCGGACAGCGGUACUACCAGGGUGUAUCUGGGCCGUCCGUGGAAGAAAUGCGCCUUCACGGUGUUCAUCAACGCCAAUCUCCCCGCGGCGAUCGAGAAGGACGGCUGGCUGUCGUGGAACGAGGGCAGCUGCAUGUUCCUUGCGGAGGCAGGAAGUAAGGGGCCUGGCGCCGCGUCUUCCCGGGUGGACUGGGCGAAGCCUGGGAUUAUCACGGACGUCAGUGGAUACGAUGCCAACUCUUUCACGGAAGUCAACAGUUGGCUCAAAUUGUCGGGCUAG